UCUGACUGCGCGACGCGUCUCACAGCGUCUCGCACGCGCGCACUGCUGUCUCAACCUGCUCAUCCUUCUCACCGCUAGCCCCUGGUCAUUCAGAACUACAUUACCACAUAACUCUCGAUCGUGUGCUGAUCAUUGGCGGCACUAUAGCAAUACUCAAGCGCACGCAAGUUUGCAAACGCCACCGGUAGAGGCGACAUAAAAAGCUCAGACUCAGGCAUCUCUGCAUUGCCCUCGUCGCUCAUCACUUCGGAUCUGUCGUUUGUUCGACAGACUUGAGCUCGUGGAUGGCUGACGGUCAUCGAUGUGGAAAUCCGCCGACGACUCUGAACGAUCUUCUCGGACGCCUGUGCCAUCUGCCGACGACCUUGCGAGACCUUCGACUCCCAAUUUUCCUACAGCGGAGCUCACCAGCGCGCUGGAAGAGCAGAGUGUCGGAAUUGUCAAUUUCACUAUCGUAUCGUCCACUGUGCACAAAGCAUCUGCGCGUGUCGCCCUUCUCGAAGGAAACAAUGCCAUCAUCUCGCUGUCUUCUCGCGGAUAUACAGCUGGAAUGGGGCUUGGGCAGGAACGGCGAGAGGUGCCGGCAGAGAUCACCUUAGGGCGCUCGUACGAGAGCAUCGAGGACAUCCUGACGGUGUUGAGUUCGCACUAUGCAGAUGCGCGUCGGGACAGAUUGUUUGCCAAGCUGCAGGCGCUGCCACCAUGAUGGAUAGUAACUGUCUAGUCCAUCUAUACUGCUCGGCGAAGAGCGCGAUGAUAUCCUUGACAGCAACUUUGAUUCGGGAAAUAUCAGACUAUGGCACGUC